AUGAAAGCCGGGCCUCUCCUCAUACAAUGGCACUCCGAAAGCCAGCCCAUUUAUUCGGUCCACUUCGACCCUCAUGGCAAGGGCAGGCUAGCAACGGCUGGAGGUGAUAAUCAUGUCCGAUUAUGGAGCAUCGAAGCUCAAGGAGAAGAGAGAAAAGUCACAUAUUUGUCAACCCUCACCAGGCAUACCCAACCUGUCAAUGUCGUCAGGUUCUGCCCGAAAGGUGAAAUGCUAGCCUCGGCAGGUGAUGAUGGCAAUGUCCUACUAUGGGUACCCUCCGAGUCGUCGAUGGCUCCCAUGGGCGAGGACCAUGCCGACGACAAAGAGACAUGGCGGAUCAAGCAUAUGUGCAGGACAUCCACGGGCGCGGAAAUCUACGAUCUGGCAUGGUCUCCAGAUGGCCAAUACUUCAUUACUGGUGGGGUUGAUAAUACAGCCAGGAUCUUCAAUGCACACACAGGCACCAUGAUCCGCCAAAUAGCAGAACACAGUCAUUUCGUGCAAGGGGUUGCGUGGGAUCCACUGAAUGAGUUUGUGGCUACUCAGUCCUCUGACCGCUCCGUCCAUAUCUACGCUCUCAAGCUCAAAGACGGCACGGCUACACUCUCGACUCACGGUAAAUUCAACAAGAUGGACCUACCUGGGCGACGAAUAUCGUCCCACAGUCCAGCGCCAGUAGCACCUCCUUCAGAACUGACACAUCGCACAUCAAGCGCCAGCGUUAGCAAUCUUGCCAUUGCCUCUCCUGCACCGUCGAACCCUGGCACUCCUCUAACUACUCCACUGCCGAUGGAUCCUCCUCUGCUGGCUUCAAGUCGGCGAUCUUCAUUUGGCUCUUCGCCUUCCUUCCGCAGAUCGGCUUCACCAGCUCCUUCAUUACCGCUACCAGCGGUAAGGCCAGAAAUCUCGUCACCUAGCCUCAACGCCGCCAUGGGUCUAGCUGUUAGGAAUACAAACCUAUACCACAACGAAGCAAUGACCUCGUUCUUCCGUCGUCUCACCUUCUCGGCUGAUGGGAGCUUACUGUUCACACCUGCUGGGCAUUACAAAACAAGCCAAGCAUUCGCGGGUGACCCAACCAAAACAGCGGACGAUAUCACUAAUACCGUCUACAUUUAUACGAGAGCCGGUUUCAAUAAGCCUCCGGUGGCGCACUUACCAGGUCACAAGAAACCUUCUGUGGCGGUCAGGUGCUCCCCUAUCCUCUAUACCUUACGUUCCACGGCGAAGCCGACAAACCACAUCACCAUUGACACGUCCUGUGGAAGCGAGGAGAUCCCAUUAUUACCCGAUCCAAUAGUCCCUCAAACUCCUACGUCGGUUAUGGAGCCUCCGCCAUUGUCGGUCUCGACUUCAAUACCCGAGUCAAUGGCCGCACCUUCGCCGAAACCCUCAGCAGAUGGCGAGCCAGCAAGUCCUGCUCCAGCCCCGGCGUUUUCGCUUCCCUACCGGAUGAUAUACGCGGUAGCGACGCAGGACGCGGUAUUUGUCUAUGACACUCAGCAAACCACGCCCAUCUGUGUUGUGAGCAAUCUUCAUUACGCCACUUUCUCGGAUUUGACCUGGUCAAAUGACGGAUUGACUCUGCUCAUGUCCUCAACUGACGGGUUCUGUUCGACGCUGGCGUUUUCACUUGGUGAACUUGGCCAGGUCUACUCUGGACCUCAUCCGACCUACAAUCAUCCAGUUGUUUCAACGUCUAUUGCUCGACCAAGCUCUUCGGCCGGGUCAACACCAGUUCCGACACCUACUGCGACUGCAUCGCCAUCAUUGACUAAGGCUUCUCCGAUUCCGGUGCCACCAUCCCAUCCAUCGCCAGCACCAUUUAUCCUUCGUCCUGGAAGCCCAGCCAGGUCCAACUCACAGUCGUCAAUAGCAACCAUGACAUCGAUCCAAACUAGUGGUUUUCCUAACAAUCCUACACCUACCAUGGGCCAUGUCCCACUGGUUACUGCUGCCAAUUCCGGGCCUCCAGUCGCCAUUCCGCCAAUGACUACACCACCUCAGACUCCCGCAAGUUUCCACGGGGGCCAACAUUCUGCAACAAGCUCGGUUAGUGGAUCGGUCCUGGGCAAGCGGGAUACGGGAGCAACGAGCGAGAGCGAGAAGGAAGAGAGCAAGUCAAAAAAACGAAGGAUCGCUCCAACGCUUGUAGGGCCUACGGGCUCGGUUGAAACCACGAAGGACGAGGAGGCGAAGUGA